GAGAGACUGAUGUUGAAUGGCUUUCAGUGAAGAAAGGGGCAACAGCACACAGUCCAGACACAUGGCCCAGAACUACAGGAAAAGGAGCACUAAUAGUCCUAAUUUUUAUUUACUAUUUUCAUAGAUUCACAUUAAUACUACUAGAACACUCUUUAUAUAUUGCUUGCUUUGAAUGGCCAAGCCAGAAUAUGACUUGUAUUUAUGCACUUUGUCGUUCUAAUUAAUCUGCCUGAAGCCCUAGCCGAAGGAGACCUUUGGGUGCAUUUAAUCUGAAUGAAUUUUGAAAGAUUCCAGAUGGUCCCAAUAAACAGCAGUGGCCUGUGUCUCAGAGCUCCAUGACAGACCUACAUCAAGAUUAAACUGGCCUCAGUAGGAAAGGAAUAUGAGGCCUUAACCAAGCAACCAACUUGCAGUCCAGAUGUUUGGGUGAACCUUGCCUGUACAUAUUUUUUUCUGGGGAUGUACACACAAGCAGAACAAGCAGCUUUGAAAGCACCUAAGAGUGGUCUCCAAAACCGUUUACUCUUUCACCUGGCACAUAAGUUCAGUGAUGAAAAGAAACUGAUGAGCUCUCACCAGAACCUUCAAGAUGUUACAGAAGAUCAGCUUAGCCUGGCUUCUAUCCACUACAUGCGGUCCCACUACCAAGAAGCUAUUGAUAUCUACAAGCGCAUUCUGCUGGAUAAUCGGGAAUACCUGGCUCUGAAUGUAUAUGUGGCCCUGUGCUAUUACAAGCUGGAUUACUAUGAUGUAUCACAGGAAGUGCUAGCUGUUUAUCUUCAGCAAGUUCCUGACAGCACCAUUGCUCUUAACCUUAAGGCUUGCAACCAUUUCCGACUUUACAAUGGAAAGGCUGCAGAGGCAGAGCUCAAGAACUUGACAGACAGUGCCUCAUCAUCUUUUGAGUUUGGCAAAGAGCUCAUUAAGCACAAUCUGGUGGUUUUCCGAGGAGGAGAAGGGGCUUUGCAAGUCCUACCUCCUUUGGUUGAUGUUAUUCCUGAGGCAAGACUGAAUCUUGUGAUUUACUAUCUCCAGCAAGAUGAUGUGCAGGAGGCUUAUAACCUGAUUAAGGACCUGGAACCUACAGCUCCACAGGAGUAUAUCCUCAAAGGGGUGGUAAAUGCAGCACUUGGACAAGAAAUGGGCUCGAGAGAUCAUCUGAAAAUUGCUCAACAGUUCUUCCAGUUGGUGGGGGAAUCGGCCAGUGAAUGUGAUACCAUUCCAGGGAGACAGUGCAUGUCCUCCUGCUUCUUUCUUCUUAGACAAUUUCCUAAUGUCCUAAUUUACCUCAACUCAAUCAAGAGUUACUUCUACAACAAUGAUACUUUUAACUUCAACUAUGCCCAAGCCAAAGCCGCAAUGGGCAAUUUUAGUGAAGCUGAAGAGGUGUUCCUUUUGAUCCAGAGUGAGAAGAUAAAAAGUGAUUUUGUUUACCUUAGCUGGCUGGCUCGCUGUUAUAUUAUGAAUAAGAAACCACAGCUAGCCUGGAAGCUCUAUCUGAAGAUGGAAACCUCAGCGGACUCCUUUAACCUAUUGCAGCUCAUUGCAAAUGAUUGUUACAAAAUGCGUCAGUUUUACUAUUCAGCCAAAGCCUUUGAUGUUCUGGAGAGACUGGACAAUAAUCCUGAAUACUGGGAAGGCAAGAGAGGUGCUUGUGUGGGUGUAUUUCAAAUGAUCUUAGCUGGCCGAGAAGCAAAAGAGACUUUGCGGGAAGUACUGCACCUUCUGAAGAGCACUGGUAAUUCUCAAGUAGAAUACAUUGUUCGCAUCAUGAAAAAGUGGGCCAAGGAGAACAGAGUCCCUUUUUGAGUCAAUGUCACAAAAUGAACCAGAGCAUGGAGACUUAUUUGACUGACGGUAUUGUUCAAUCAAUCUCACUUUGAAAUUUAACACUCAAAACAUUUAUUCAUGUCUAUGUAGUUCACAUGAGAACUUUAGCAAUCUGAUGGAUAAAGAGAUCUUUUGAAUUAUUUUCUUCAGCAUUUACCACCGUCCUGAGCAAUAUAUUCAUUAUACUUUUGGAUUUAUUAUACUCUACUGUAUUUUUACAGAAAACGAUUCAGGGAAUACAUAAUUCUAAGAGAAGGCAACAAUUAUAACAUAAAAAUGUGUUAUAUAUUUCGUAGUAAAAAACAUUUGUAUAUUAUUUUUAAAAGGAAACUUUACAUUUUAUAAAUUUGUAAAAUACUUCAGAAGUAUUUUUUUAUCUUUUGAGGGGAAUUCAGAAUACCAUAUUCUCUACAGUCUGUGCAUUGAUUAAAGCUCUUAUUUGAAUCUACA